AGUUUUUGCAUCAGCUGUGUUGACCUUGUCAGAUCAAAUUGAAUUUGGUUAAGUAUUUACUAUAUUAUUUUCCCUUGUUCGUAUUUAUUAAUUUUUAAAUCAAAAAAAUAUGGCAUCGCUUCUAAGAUCAUCUUUAACUCAAUUGCGAGGUUUAACUCGUGUUAGCAAUGUGAACCAAAUUGCUAGCUCUACUAAAUUAUCUUCUCGUGCUUAUUCAAUGAGUUUCACCUUUGCAUCUCCUUACGAGGUACAUUAUAAAGAUGCUGACGUCAAACAAGUCGAUGUGCCAUCAUUCAGUGGUACAUUUGGUAUUCUUCCACAACAUGUACCCACUUUGGCAGUCUUGAAGCCCGGUGUUGUAACUGUUUUUGAGAAUGAAGGAGAUACUAAGAAAUAUUUCGUGAGCAGCGGAACAGUUACAAUUAAUGAAGAUUCAUCUGUGCAGAUACUUGCUGAGGAAGCAGUUCCGUUGGAUUUUCUUGAUGUCAAUGCUGCUCGUGACGCAUUGAAGGAUGCUCAAACUGACGAAAGUAAAGCAUCAAGCCCAGAGGAAAAAGCUGCCGCUCAAGUAGCCGUAGAAGUCAGUGAAGCAAUUAUUAAAGCUAUUGAAUAAAUUUGAAAGUUUUUAGUAGCCUGGUCAUUGUUCAUUAUGUUAGAUAAAAAUUAAACAAUAAAUUCAUGAGAAUUAAAUGAAA